AUGCAUGAGAUCAUUACUCUCCAACUCGGCCAGAGGGCCAAUUACUUGGCGACUCAUUUCUGGAACCUGCAGGAGUCAUACUUCACAUACGGCAAUGAAGGCGAGUCUCCCAUUGACCACGAUGUCCAUUUUCGUCCCGGUGUGGGAGCAGAUGGGAAUGAAACGUACACACCUAGAACAUUGAUCUAUGAUUUGAAGGGUGGCUUUGGCACUCUUCGCAAGUAUAACGCACUCUACGAACUAAGUGAAGAUCUAACUCCAGGUCAUGGACUAUGGGAUGGAAAAGAGGUUAUUCAGCAGCAGGCUGUGAUACCCCUCAGUGAUUACCAGAAAAACCUUGACGAAGGCCUGCCCGCCCCUCCGCUUUCGCCAGAAACAGUGCGGUACUGGUCUGAUUACAAUCGGCUGUUUUAUCAUCCCCGCUCCAUAGUUCAACUGAAUGAUUACGAGUUAAAUUCCAGGACUAUGCCAUUUGAAGACUGGAGUGUUGGCGAAGACCUGUUCAAUGAUCUUGACAAAGAGCAUGACUUACUUGAUCGAGACGCGAGGCCGUUCGCAGAGGAGUGUGAUCAGCUGCGUGCACUUCAAAUUUUCACAGGAUCCGAUGAUGCUUGGGGUGGCUUCUCUUCAAAGUAUGUAGACAGACUGCGAGAUGAAUACGGCAAAAAAGCUAUCUGGGUCUGGGCCAUCGAGGGUGUUUCAAAACAAGUACAACAUAAACGGGACAUGAAUAAGGCCCGAACCAUAUGCAAUAUUUCCCCUCAAUCCUCCUUGUAUACACCGAUUAAAGACCCGCUGAGUCAUGUCCCCAGCUCCAUACACUUUUAUCCCCACUCGCAAUGGCAGUCUUCUGCGCUGAUAUGCUCUGCGGUGGAAACGGCGACACUUCCGAGUCGUCUUCGUCCAUACCACGACUUUGAGUCUUCAUUAGCAGGCGAUGACGGUAUCCACAAUAUAUUCGAGCUGCAGUCUACUAUCAUCUCGAGUGAGGCCAAGGAAGAUGAACUAUCGAAGGUCCAGAAAGAGUAUGAUCUCGACUUUACGUAUGAUAGUCCGAAGGGCAAUAAAUCACAUAUUUUCAACCAAGUUCAAGUUCGACGAGGAGUUGAUGAUGCACGAGAGGGUGAUUCUUCUGGAAAAGACCUUAGCAUGCUCCGACGAGAACGCGCUUUUAAUUCCGAACCAAGCAUUCAGAGUUUCCCGCGCGACAUGUUCCCGGUGACAGAGCCAGAAGGAAAGAUUAAUGUCCUUGCAACGCUAACGGCUUCUUCGCGGACUGCGGAGGAAAUCAAAGGCAUGGAGACAGGUGCAGGACGGAUUAUUGGAAUCGAUGAACGGGAAACUAUUGUGAAUGGGCUAGGCGAUAUCCGUGAGACUUAUGAAACAGGAUGGACGAGCGACUUGGAAUUUGAUGACGAUUAG